UGUCUUGAAGUGUGUUUGAGUGGAGCUGCUGGAUGGGACCAUGGGGCUCUCUCUGCUCCGUGUGCUCUCCUUAUUCUUGCUGAAUACACUCCUCUCCUGUGGACUCACUGAAGAUGCUGAGCUGACCUUUGAACCCAACUCAACCACUCUAUAUUCUGGGGAGCACGUUAAUCUCACGUGUCACAUUCGAGAAGCAAGUGUCAGUGAGUGGAGUUAUGAGUUCAAGUGGAACGACAAACCACUGGUCCCCAUCACUCCCAGUAACGUCCUCAGGAUUCCAGAGCUAACGCCCGACGGGAACGGGGAUUAUCAGUGCAUCGCUCACCACAACAGAUCAGAAGAGAGCAGACAGAGCAACAGGGCCACUCUCUCUGUGUCAGCACACAGACCCAGAGCCACAGUGAGAGCAUCCAGGACGUCCAUCCCAGUUGGCGGCUCUCUGACUCUGACCUGUUCUGUGGAGCAGUCUGCUGGUUGGAGCUACGACUGGUUCACACGUUCCCCAGACGCUGAGGAAACCGCCAUCGCAACAAAUCCUGUGCACAACUCUCUGAGCAUCUCACAGGGAGGCAGCUACUGGUGCAGGGGGAGAAGGACUCACUCAGAUUUCUUCUCAGAGAAGAGUCACGUGCAUCACAUCGACAGAACCUUGUCCAACAGAAGCUUUGUCGUGCUGCAACACAACUGGACUCAGAUAUUCAGCGGUGAGACGAUCUCUGUCAGGUGUGAGAUCCAGGGAGGAGGAGACACCCAGUGGGAAUAUGAAUGGAGGACAACAAGCUCCCACCAACCAGUCACUGGUCCAAACACAGCUCCCACACACAGUGAAUACAGGCUGGGCCCUGCCUCUGUUUUCCACAGUGGAGAGUACUGGUGUAAGGCCAGAGCGGACUGGUAUUCCUCAACAGAGUGGAGUGAGGCCUUCCAGCUGAGAGUAACACGUACGUCCAAUCAUCUUUCACAACCUCCACGAGGACCCGAUACACCCAGGCCCAGGCUGACUGCUGAUGACACAACCAUCACAGGAAAGGGAAGCGUAGCACUGACCUGCUCUGUGGAGAACGCGUCUGAGUGGAGAUACGACUGGUUCAGAAGAACCUCAGCCUCCUCUGCAGCUCAGAUCCUAAGAUAUAAUGAAACAGAUGAUGAAAUCAGCAUCUCAGAGGAAGGCAUCUACAGCUGCAGAGGACGGAGAGGAGACACAAGCUUCCUCACAGAGGACAGCAACCGAGUCACAAUAGAGAACAGAGUUUCCCACAAGGCCUCUGUGGUCCUGCAACCUGACUGGUCUCUGGUCUUCAGCGGUGAGAGGAUCACUGUCCGGUGUGAGGUCCCUGCAGAUGAACUGACUGAGUGGGAGUAUGAAUGGACCCAACCCAACUCAACUACGGCUCCAACACACAAUGAAUACAGGAUUGUCAACGCGUCCUCGUCCGACAGUGGAAGCUACAGGUGUUUGGCUAAAGACAAGAAGAACUUGAAGUCCACGACCGAGUGGAGUGAUGACGUCACAUUAACAGUUUCUGAAAGACCAGCGGCUCAGCUGAGUGCUGACCACAGAGCCUUUCCAGUAGGGGGCAGUGUGCUCCUGACCUGCUCCGUGGGCCCAGCAUCACCUGGAUGGAAGUAUUACUGGUACAGAGGUGAGAAGACCUCGGAGCCCCUGACGGAUGAGGACUUCAAGUCACAUGGACAAAGUGCUAGUGCCUCACGUGAAGGACUGUACUGGUGCAGAGGAGGAAGAGGAGAUCCAGUUUACUACACCCAGUACAGUCACCCAGUCAGGAUUCAUGGAAUCGUCCACAACAGAGCUGCUGUGACUCUUCAACCCAACUGGCCGAGCAGAUACAGAGGAGAAGCCGUCACCCUGAGGUGUGAGAUCCAGGGAGGAGACUCUGAGUGGGAGUAUGAAUGGACAGCAACCAGCUCACAUGCACCCCCCAACACAAAGGAGUUCAGGAUCAGUCUGGGGUCAGAUCUGAGAGCCAACUACUGGUGUCAGGGCCGACUGAAAGGUGCACGGCAGAACUCAACAGGAUGGAGUGCUCCCCUCACGUUGGACCUGUCUAAUGCUGCUGCACCACCACCUGUCCUCACUGUGUCUCCAUCAUGGCUGACUCCUGGAGCCUCAGGGACUCUCACCUGUGGGGGGGUUCCACAUCCCACUGCAGGAUGGAGGUUCUACUGUUAUGAGCUGCUCCCAGGAAGCGACGGAGGAACUGAACAAAACUCCUCCGUCAUCCAAGGCCUGACGGAGUCAGCAGGUUAUUCAUGUCGAGCUGGAAGAGGAGACCCCGUGUUUUACACUGAGUACAGUGAGACAAAGUGGGUGUGGCCUGUAGGACUGACCUGA